AUGGCCUUGAGAUACGAUGGCUUGGACGAACUGCCUGCCGCCUGCUUGUCGCCGUGUGGGCCGCCCAACCUGGCCGAACUGUACAGCGAGGAGCGGCGCUUGGCGCUCGAGGAGCUGCUGGCGGGCGGCCCAGACGCCUUCUCCGCGUUCCUGCGACGCGAACGCCUCGGCCGCUUCUUGAACCCAGACGAGGUGCGCGCCAUUCUGCGCGCGGCCGAGCGGCCCGGCGAGGAGGGCGCUGCGGCGGCGGCCGAGGACUCCUUCGGCUCGUCGCACGACUGCUCGUCCGGCACCUACUUCCCCGAGCAGUCGGACCUGGAGCCGCCGCUGCUGGAGCUCGGCUGGCCCUCCUUCUAUCAGGGCGCCUACCGCGGGGCCACGCGCGUUGAGGCGCACUUCCAGCCCCGCUGCGCGGGCGCCGGCGGCCCCUAUGGCUGCAAGGACGCGCUGCGCCAGCAGCUCCGCUCGGCGCGAGAGGUGAUUGCAGUGGUGAUGGAUGUUUUCACGGACAUCGACAUCUUCCGAGACCUGCAGGAAAUCUCUCGGAAACAGGGAGUUGCUGUGUAUAUCCUACUGGACCAGGCUCUGCUCUCUCAGUUUGUGGAUAUGUGCAUGGAUCUGAAAGUUCAUCCCGAAGAAGAAAAGCUGAUGACUGUCCGGACGAUUACAGGAAAUAUUUACUAUGCCAGGUCAGGAACUAAAAUUGUUGGGAAGGUUCAUGAAAAGUUCACACUGAUUGAUGGCAUUCGUGUGGCUACAGGCUCCUACAGUUUUACAUGGACAGAUGGCAAACUAAACAGCAGCAACUUAGUGAUUCUGUCUGGCCAAGUGGUUGAACACUUUGAUCUGGAGUUCCGAAUCCUCUACGCACAGUCAAAGCCCAUCAGCUCCAAGCUCCUGUCCAGCUUCCGGAUCAGCGGCAGGUUUGACCAUCUUGUCGACCAGAAACCGCUGUCCAAGGAGCUCACACUGGGCAACCUGCUGCGGCUGCGGCUGGCCAGGCUCUCGAGCACUCCCCGGAAGGCCGAGCUGGGUGGCGAGGAGGGCCGGGCAGAGGCUGGGUGCGGGGCCUCCAAGGCCUCCACCAUCAGCGAGGAGGACUACUUCAGCAGCCGCAGGGACAGGCUGGAGGGCAGGAGGGCGACUGAUGCCGCUACUCAGACAGAGCCCGGAGAGGAGACGCCCGCUUUGAGCACAAGUGACGUGGGGACACAAGCCAGCGUGGCCGCGGCAUGCGCCGGGACCCAGACCACAGUGGCCACCAGGGUGGUGAGCUCCCAAACCGUGGUCCCCACCACAUCAGCCACCACCCAGACUGACGUGGACGAGGGUGUUCUCGCCUCUCCCGGAAGCCAGUCUAAGGAAGGGUCACCAGUAUCAAAGAUGUCUGUGUCGCGCUCCUCCAGUUUGAGGUCCUCCUCCUCUCUGUCCUCCCAAGGCUCUGUGGCCAGUUCCAUCGGCUCCCAGACUUCCUUCAGAUCCACUGACUUUGCCACGCCUGGACACCCCAAGUACUGGAGCACCCCCCACUUUGAUCUGUGCUUCAGAGACUCAUUCCGAAACUUGAAUAAAGAGAGACAGUUUCACUUUGCUGGGAUCAGGUCCCGGCUCAACCACAUGCUGGCCAUGCUUUCAAGAAAAACAUUCCUUACCGAAAACUACCUCGGUUUUAAUUCCGGAAGUUUUGCCAGAUCAUCUGCUAACUUGCUGGCGGUUAGAGAAAUCACACUUCAUCCAUCCUAUCAGUGACGGCUCUACGCAUUCAGAGCUCCUGGCCUCAAACAGGCUUGCAGUAGAUGUCACUGGAGCAUCCUGCUUUUCGGAAUGUCUCCUGUCCUCAUUGCCUUUC